GCUAGCUAGCCCUUUUGUUUUAUAUUUACUCCCUCGGUCCCUCCCUUAGCUCGAUCGGUGUUCAUAUACAAUGGAUGGGCAGAAUCGCCACGCCGGCAACGACCGUCCCUCUGAAGUCCUUUGGGAGGCCAUCACGAGGUGGUUCGACGUCGGACGGGAGAGGUGGGUCGAGCGCGCCUGGCUCCUCUUCUGGCGGCUCGUCAACCUCGCCGCCGUGUUGCUCGUGGGCUUCGUCAUCGUCUGGGCCGUUCUCCAGCCGCACAAGCCCAGCUUCAUUGUCCGAAGCGCCACCGUGCGGGCUCUCAACCUCUCCAUCCCGCACAUCUUCUCCCCGGAUCUGGAGGUGAAGCUGGCCUUCCACAACCGGAACCGGCGGAUUGGGAUAUACUACGGGGAGGCGACGGUGUACGCGACCUACCGGGACCGGCGGAUCACGUACAACACCCAUCUCCCCCCGGUGUCCCAGGGGGUCCGCGCCAAGGACGUCUGGUCGUUUCCCCUUUACGGGAACAACGACCCCAUGGACACGGACACCGGCACGCACCUCAUUCCCGACCAACAAGUCGGCGAGGCCGAGAUCGACAUCAAGAUCUUUGGGAGCGUCAAAUGGCGGGUCGGGUGCUUCAUCAGCCUCUUACUCAUCUUCAUCUGCUGCGGACAUCAGGCCAUUAGCGAUGUCAGCAUUGGCAUCAACGAGGAAAAGGAGAUAGAGAUUCUCAAUAUGAUCCCGACCAACAAUCCGGUCCAACCUCCCAUGGAACUUCUCGUGCACUGCAAAUCCAAAGACAACGAUCUGGGUCCGCGGAAGCUGUCGUGGUCCGAGGCUCAAUCUUUUGAUUUCCGCGUCAACCUCUGGCAUACGACUCUCUUCUGGUGCCGUUUUGACUGGGGCUCCAAGUUCGCAAACGUCGUCGUUUUUUAUGCCAAGACCAAUGAUUUUAAAGGCGAGUAUGACCUCUCUUGGAUGAGUGAUUUUUACUCACAUUACUACAAUCCGGUCCAACCUCCCAUGGAACUUCUCGUGCACUGCAAAUCCAAAGACAACGAUCUGGGUCCGUGGAAGUUGUCGUGGUUUGAGGCUCGUACGAUCCAAUUCCGCGUCAACCUCUGGUUCUCGACUCUAUUCUGGUGCCGUUUUGACUGGGGCUCCAAGUUCGCAAACGUCGUCGUUUUUGAUACCAAGAACCCCGAUCUCGGAGGCGAGAAGUACCUCAAUUGGCAGGUCAAGACCGACGGGUUCUACUUUGCGAGCGGGGAUGACCCCGUUGGCUCCGAUUAUAAGCUCCUUGCCUCUUGGACGGAUGCACCUUUACCUUCAAAAGAGAUCAACUAGAUAUCGCUAGCUAGCUACAGUAUUUCACUUGUGCCAUGUAGUAGAAUAUAAUAAUGAAAUAGAUGGAAGAAAUAAUUUAAUUUGGU